AUGGACCCCCCGCACGACCCGGCUGCAGCCCGUGUAGCCGAAAAAGAGGUCGCCAUCCGUCGCGCAUGCGAUCUGCGCGAUUACGAAGCACUGGUUUCGUACGCAACCUCCGAAGGGGGAUUUCUCUGUGAUGAAAUCCGCCAAUCCGUCUGGCCUCUUCUCCUCCACUGUGAUCGAACGAUCCCUGAACAUGACUUUACGGACUGGAAUGACCUGCCACCCCAUGCUGAUGAGGACCAAGUUCAGCUAGACGUGAACCGAUCAUUUGUUUAUUACCCUGACUGUGCCGAAGAUGAGCGGGCCCGCAAGAAGGAUGAGUUGUCAAUUGUCAUCAGACAGGUCCUACGCAAGUAUCCAAUGCUUUGCUACUUCCAAGGCUAUCAUGAUAUCGCUCAAGUCCUUCUCUUGGUGCUCGGGGGAAGGGCAGCCGCACCGGCGGUGGCCCAGAUGUCUCUUUUCCGGAUCCGGGACUACAUGCUACCGUCCCUAAAACCCUCUAUCAAGCAUCUCCAUCUCAUCCCUGCGAUCAUCGAAAAGGCCGAUCCAGCUCUCCGACGACAUAUUGCCGGGAUUCAGCCAUUCUUCGCUCUGGCAGCCGCCCUCACUCUGUAUGCGCACGAUAUUCAAGAGUACAGUGACAUCGCCCGACUCUUCGAUUUCCUUUUGGCUCGUGAACCGGUAGAGUCGAUUUACCUGUUUGCCGCUAUUAUCAUCUCCCGCAGGAAGGAACUUUUGGAAAUAUCCGUCGACGAGCCGGAAAUGCUUCAUUUUACCAUGUCUAAGCUCCCCUGUCCGCUGGACCUCGAGGGCCUGAUCACAAAAGCCGUGCAGCUCUUUCAAACAUGCCCCCCGGAAUCGUUACCCUGCAACGCGUGGAAAACCAUUCCUCGGUGCAGCGUACUCAAAACCUCUCGGGAGCUGUCCGACCGCCAAACGGUCACCGAGGCACUAGGGCUCUUCGACCAACAAGCACGACAACUACGCAAUCAAGAGCGGAAAGAAAAGACCCUGGAGUUCCUAUGGUACAACCGACGGACCAUUGGGUCCGUGGCGGUCACCAUCUUCAUCGGGGCCAUGUCGUUCUGGAUCCGCCGGAAGGGACUGGAUGGACCCAUCUGGUCGUACCUUUCUCGGUUCAAGGCGGCGUUUCAGGCACACGGCUACUUCUAG